AUGAGAGCUGUUGGCCCAUUUGUUGCAACACGCACCUCAUCCAUCAUGGCUCUCGAACCAGACGCUGUCUUGAGCGAAACGGACUUCCGCACUUACAACCUCAUCAAAGUACGCCGCGAAGCCAACAAAGAGAGCACAGGCAACAAGGCGAGCGAUUUCAUCGGCUAUCGAGCCGCCGUAGCAGUGGAGAUGGAAGAGACGCUUCAGUUCCCGGAACUCGAUGGGUAUCUCGAACGCUUGGAAGCUGCCUCUGUGCUCGGAGACACCAAUGAUGUGCGCGAACCUGGUGGGGCGGCGCAUGAAGGUAGCAAGCGCGCUAAGACGGGUAAGAAGAGCGUAGGAACCAAAGACGAGGAGGCGGUGUCGUCGACUGAGGAUGAGUUCGCCCACGACUUCCAAGAGGCACAUGUACGAGGAGCACCUGCGAUCAAUCUUAGCGAUGAAGAUGCUGAAGAGCCAGUACUGGAGCAGCGGAAAUUGCAAUCUGGCACCAAGCUGGGUGAAGUCAAGCGCAAGCGCAAGGAAUCUGUCACUGAGAGCGACCAGGAGACGGAGGAUGACAACAGUGUGGUGGAUUCGAAGUGCGUUGGGAAGCAGGCAAUGAAGGCGCCGGAAGAAGCUGGAGUGCAGAGGGGUAGGAAGCGCGGAGGCAGGGGAGGAAGGCCUGAGGCGUAG